CUCCCCUUCUUGCUCCGUUCUCUCUUUCUCUCAGGCCAUCAGCUCCACCGCGGCUCCGCUGCCCACUCUCCUAGUCUCCUCUACAUUCCACAGUUUCACACUCACCCUGCUCUUACCAAACUGGCGAAGGUCGCUACCAUGGCCAUGGAGAAGGUGGACGCCAAGGACAGGGAGAAGAUCGAGGCCGUCCGCAAGAUAAUGCGCAAGCAGGCGCCGCUCUCCGGCAAGCAGGCGAAGUACUGCGACGACGCGUGCGUGGAGCGGUUCCUCCGGGCGCGCGGGGAGAGCGUGAAGAAGGCGGCGAAGCACCUGCGGGCCGCCCUGUCCUGGAGGGAGACCAUCGGAGCAGAUCACAUCAUCGCCGACGAGUUCUCUGCCGAGCUGGCCGAGGGCAUGGCCUACGUCGCCGGCCACGACGACGAGAGCCGGCCCGUCGUGGUGUUUAAAAUCAAGCAGGACGACUACCCAAAGUACCAUCCUCAGAAAUCGUUCGUGCGCUUCCUGGUGUUCACGCUGGAGGUGGCCGUGGCGUCCAUGAACCGCUUCGUCGACCAGUUCGUCCUCCUCUUCGACGCAAGCUUUUUCCGGUCCGCGUCGGCUUUCCUGAACCUGCUGAUGGGCACGCUCAAGAUCGUCGCCGACUACUACCCCGGCCGCCUCCACCGCGCCUUCGUCAUCGACCCUCCCUCCCUCUUCUCCGUCAUGUGGAAGGGGGUGAGGCCGUUCGUGGAGCUGGCUGCGGCGACGGCGGCGGUGUGCUCGCUGGACUUCGAGGACUCGCUGGAGGACGCGUCCUUCACGGCGUACCCGCGCACGGCCUCGCUGCGGUUCGAGCCGUCCUCGGGCGCCGCCGUGCUGACCACCACCACUGGGGCAGGCAACAAGGUCGGCUCCGCCUCGUCGCGCUUCGCCUUCAGCGUCUCCGACAACGCGCUCAAGCCGUGGUACCUCUCCACCACCGCGCCCACGCCAGCGCCGCGCUCCGCCGUGGUGCCCUCCUCGAGCCCGUCCCUCGUCGGCGCGUCCCCGCUCUCCGCGCGCUCCUUCUCCUUCGCCUCCCCCGCCGCGCGCACUCCUCCGUCCGCCCCUGCGCCGCACAUCAGCGCCCAGCGCGCGCCGUCCGAAGCAGCCAAGGGGUCAUCAGGACAUAGCAGGACUCCUCUUCGUCCCCUUCUUCCUCAGCAGCAGUUCCCGAGGACGCCGAGGCCGUCGUUCCUGCAGUCGCCGUCGACGCUGUUCACGUUCCGGAAGGACGGGCAGGCCAGCCGCGGGGAACGCGAGCGCGAGUCGUUCCUGCCGUUCCUCCGGUUCUACCGCAGGCCCUACGACGAGAUAUGCUACCGGGCCAAGAUGCGGCCCCCGCUGGGCGGCCUCAUCGCCAUCGUCGCCGACGAGAAGUUCAGGCCGAGGCCGCCGGUCCAGCCGCCGAUGCGCCGGCACGCCGGAUUACACCACCACCAGUACCAGCAGCACCACAACCACCAUCACCAGAGGAUCUGAAUUGAACUCGUGCUGCCGUGCCGCCUGAAUGAACCCCAAGCGUUCGAUCGAGCGUCUUUGGUCGAUCUCCAUUCUCCAUACAACUUAGUAGUACAGCAUAAUCCAAUGCUACAUCAUGCUAAGUUGAUGUUUUUGGCAACAUUUUCCCGAUCCCUUCCCAGUAUUUACUGCCCCUAUGAUAUUCUUCUUCAGCCCGUGUAAAAUAACAGCCCUGAAAUUGUGAGUAAUAUCGAUCCUUUCCUGUUCCGCCCGCUUGGUUCCCUCUGCAAUAAAAUUGCUAAUUAAUCUCU